GGUGGGGGCGUAGAGGAGGCCGCUGUUGCCUGAAACCGGUAACCCCGCAGCACGGCUUGGUGUAAUACCAGCGGAAUCGCACUUAAAAACGGCGGGUUCUGGGGAUUGUUCCUUCGGCGAUGUCACUGGCUGCAAAACAGAACCUAGUGAUAUCCUGUGGGUUGCAUUGUAGGUAAUCGUGUAGCCCAGGAACACAAAUUUGUCAGAAAAAAAUGAGCAGCGGUAGAGUCUGACGAGGUUUUUUGGCAUCAAUGCUGUUUCACUGUGUCCUCCCCGCCGUGCUGGAGCGGCACACCACAGCCGAGGAGUUUGUCUAUCCCUCUGUUUUAAUGCUGUAUGACCCACGCUGGCCCUUCCAGGGGCAUGCCUGGCUCACCAGGAGCACUGCUGGCAGUGUAUGCAAGAUGGACUUGUGGGUAACGGACUUGGAUUAUUAAGGUUAAAUUCUUUCAAUAUCCUUAGAAGCAACUUAUCCAAAGUCCCCCAGCAAAGCCAAGAAUAGAGCAUGGGCAUAAUACUACAACCCACAGAGCGAUUCCAUAGUUCACAUGGUUUCAGUAGUAAAGUUAGUUUGUACAUUGUAUUACCUGUGUGUAGAUUUAGGACAAUUCUCUGCUGACUUCUCUGCCUGAAACGUCUUCUGUGGUUUCUGUCUCUCUCAUUCUCACUCAACGUUCCAAUAAGUAAUUUAUAUAAAUGAACACGCCAUCUGAUUAUUUUGAAGAAAAAGGUGUGUUUUCUGCUUUACUGAUGUGGAGCUUUUCUGAAAUACAAGUCAGUGGCUUUCAAAACCUGCUUUGUCUAGUUGGAGGCAAAUACAAAACAACCCAGCCUGAACUCCAGUUCAGGACUCGGUGAAGUUGAGUUUUGAUAGUGCUGAAGGCUUCAAGCAGCUCUGAGGGGAGUUACUGUGAGCUCAGGCUGAUGAGGUACAGGAGCAAAAUGGUUGUUCUGCAAUCAGUAGGUUAUAUUUCUUAACUGCCAUGGAAACACUGAUGAAUAUACCAAUGCAUUUUCAUCAACUUGUGUUAAUCAACAUUCUAUCUACGGCUUGUCACAGCUUGCCUGAAAGAUUUCUGGGAGAGCUACCUCAAAAGCUACAAAUGGAAUCUUACAAUUUUCAGCACAUUUUGUCCUGGCAGGCAAAAAGUGAUCCAACUAUGCCAACAUACUAUCGUGUGCUGUACACUGACCGCAGGAACUGGAAGACUGCUAAACAAUGUUCAAAUAUUAUGCAACUCUCCUGUAAUCUGACAGAUGAUUUUAAACAGGUGAACACUCAGUAUUCUGCAUUGGUUCAGAGCUUUGUAGGAAAUCAAGAAUUCAAUUCUUCUGUACUUCAUUUUGUGCCAAUUACUGACACAUUCCUUGGACCACCAGAAGUUAAUAUCAGUUCCUGUAUAAACUGCAUAAAUGUCUCCAUAAAGCUGCCAACCUCUUACUUCAGAGAAAAUGGAAAGCUACUGUCUUUAAUUGAUAUAUAUCAAGAGCUUGAUUAUGAUAUAACACUGAAAACACUUAAUGGAGAGCAUAAGAGGCCCCAUGAGAAAACCACUGAAGAUGUUUUUAAUACUGUCAUUGAAGAAUUGUAUCCAAAUAGAAAUUACUGUGUGUCUGUUGUGGUCACUGCAUCUCUAAACAAACAUUCCAUCCCAUCCACCUGGAAAUGCGUAGCUGCAGGCUCUGUAGCUCACCAAGAUUAUUAUGCAGUUGUUAUCACAUGUGCUGUAUGUUUUUCACUGAUGUUAGCUGGUGCCUUGAAGUGUGUGCAUGCAGGAGGCUAUAUUCUUCAAAAUAAAUCACUUCCACAUACUUUGGUAUUCAUCAGGAGGUUAGCCUAUCCGCCUUGGACAUUUGAAUCUGAAAAAAUAGCCUCUAUAGAGAUCAUUUACAAAGAGGCUAAAAAAAGGGCAAAUAAUUCCAGUGGUGGUGUCAGUGAUGAAGACGAGAGUGAUGACAGUGAUGUCAUAAGUAAUCAUGACUAUACAAGGCGUGAUAUCUUAAACAGAGUACCUCAUUCCUCUGACGUACCAGAUGCAUCCAUGCAGUACUCUGCAAGUAGCAUGUGUGAUGACAGCAGCAGCCAGGCAAGUGAAAAUCCAAACACUGACCCAGAAGAUGUUGAAGAGCAGGAGUCGGACAUUGAAGAAGACAAAAACACAAGUUGUGAGUUACUUAAUCCUUUCUCUGAGGCAAAUUGUAACUAUUCUUCGAGGCCAAAGGACAAUGCUUGUUUUACCAUUAACUUAAAAACUGUGCUGUUGGGAACCUCUGAAGAGAAUGUGGAUAGUUCUGCAGCUCUUCUUUCUUCCCAAGAAGAUGCAGCUGAUUGGCAAUGUACUCACGCUGUUGAAGCAAAACUCCUGGAUGAUGCAGAAAGUGUGCAGAAACCCCACUGUCAUAACAACUCUCACGAGUGGCAAAACUCUUCUGAUGAUGAAAGUGACUCAUCAGAUUCAGAUAUGUACCAAAAAAAUGAAUACAUAAGAAGAUGAACAAAUAAAAACCACUAUUGUUUUAUGACAUACAAA